AUGGAAGCUCUCGCAGCUGCAGUGGACUCGCAGGAAGCUGACGCUGUGUAUGUCGUGGGUGGAGAUGGAACAUUAGGAAGAGUCGUAACAGGAAUACUAAGGAAUAGAGACCAUCCUGCUCUUCCAGUUGGAGUUUUUCCAGGAGGAUACGAUAAUCUAUCUCUGAAACGGCUUGCUCCAACUGUUUUCGAGUCGUCGGAUGAUGUAAGAAGAAUGUGCGAAAGUGCUAUGGCCCUCAUUGAAAACAAGAUAAGAAGUGUUAGCGCCUUUGAGUUCAGUAUGGAGGGUGAAACAGAUGCCAAGCCGAUAUACAGUAUCGGCGAUGUGGGAGCCGGCUGGUUUCGCCAUAUCGAGGAACGGCGGCGUAAAUUGUGGUACUUUGGUGCUUUGAAACGACGAUGGGCUUAUAUAUGGGAAAUGCUGAAAGUAAGUACUUAUCAUUACCAAUAAAG